AUGACAGUGUCAGCUGCACUGUGGCGACUGGUGCCGCGCCGGAUCGGAUCGAGAGCCGUGGGGACGGCUGCUGUGCGUGUGCAACGCAGCUACAGCUGGAUUGCCGGAGCGUCGACGCGACCGCGCGCGAGCGUCGUGUCGUCGUCGUCGGUGGCGUGGCACGCCACCCACGUCCCGAGCCGGAGCAUGUUUAUCCAGACGGAGUCGACGCCGAACGAGGACUCGCUGAAGUUUCUGCCGGGCUGUACGGUGAUGGAGAAGGGGACGGCGGAGUUUCUUGACCAGCGCGCGUCGAUGACCUCGCCUUUGGCCAAGAACCUGUUUGCGCUCGAAGGCGUGCGUGGCGUGUUUUACGGGCCGGACUUUGUGACGGUGUCGAAGGACGCGGACACGCCGUGGUCGGCGAUCAAGCCUGAGGUGUACAGUGCGAUGAUGGAGUUUUUCACGGCGGGGCAUGCCCUCUUCCCGGAUCCCUCGACGGCGCAGCCCGGCUCGGACACGACGAUUCUCGAGACGGACACGGAGGUCGUGGCGAUGAUCAAGGAGCUCCUCGAUACGCGUGUGCGCCCUGCGAUCCAGGAGGACGGCGGUGAUCUCGAGUACCGCGGCUUUGGCGAGGACACCGACGGCAUUGUGCGCGUCAAGCUCAAGGGCAGCUGCCGGGGCUGUGACAGUUCGACGGUGACGCUCAAGGCGGGCAUCGAGCGCAUGCUGAUGCACUAUGUGCCAGAGGUGCAGGGCGUCGAGCAGGUGCUCGAUCCGGAAGAGCAGGUCGCGAUGGACGAGUUCACGAAGCUCGAGGAGCGCAUCAAGAAGCAGCGUGAAGAGCGUGAGCGUGGCUUUUCGCCCUAG